UUUAAAGCCACCCAAGAUCGAAAAAUUAAAAUCCACCCCUCUCAGACUUUAUCCGAUUGUUAGGGUUUUUUAAUUUCACCGAUUACCUUUCUGAUAAUCCCGAAUUUCAGUUAUCUAAACGAUGCCCUAGAAUCCUCGGAUCAGGUCUGAGCUUGUGUUUGUAUGGCCUCUUUGAUCAUCUAAGUUUCAUGUCUGAUCUUGACGUUCAAAUUGCUACUGCUUCUGAUCCCUUUGAUGAUGCAAAUGCUGAGGACACGGGUGCCGGCAGAAAGGAGUACGUGCAUAUUCGAAUUCAGCAAAGGAAUGGUCGGAAGAGCCUGACAACUGUCCAGGGGUUGAAGAAAGAAUUCAGCUAUAACAAGAUACUAAAAGAUCUAAGGAGGAGUUUUGCUGCAAUAGCAGUGUCCAGGACCCUGAAUUAUGAUAGGUUAUUCAACUUUAGGGUGACCAGAAUAAGAAUGUGUCAACCUUCCUCGUUCAGGCUGGCAUUGUGAAGAAGGAUAACAUCAAAAUCCAUGGUUUCUAAGCCUGCAGCCUCGUGGAGUAUUCCUCAAAGUCGUGCGUCUUGUGACAAAGCAGGGAGCAACUGUCUGUUUAGGUUCUACCCUGAAUCCUUCUAGAGGAACACCCUAAACUCUCACACACAAAACAAGAAGAAAGGCUGGAGGAUUAAUUUGUAUCAUACAUUUAACUAUGAGAAUGUAUUUAGGGAAGCUUUCAUAUCA